AUGGAGAUCCAAGACCAAAGAUUGCUCAAAUGGCCAGAGAGGAUGAAGGCAUCUCCAAGUAAAAGAAAGAAAGGGCGAUAUUGCCUUUUCCAUCGAGACCACGACCAUGCUACUCUGGAUUGCUUUGACCUCAAAGAAGAAGUGGAAGGACUCAUCUGGAGAAGAUAUCUCAAAAAAUAUGUGGAAGAUCCUAAAGCGACGCAAAAUAGUGUGAAUAAUUGUAAGUCACCCGCUCGAGAAAUCCGAACAAUAAUGGGAGGUUCGGUAGAGAGAGAAUCUUGCAGAAAGAGAAAGGCGAGCAUACGAGAAACCCGGACGAGCCUCGGACGACAUGAGAUCUACCAUGCAUUUGUUGUAGAGCAACCGGCAAAAAUCGAGUUCUUAGAGGAUGAGGCGACUCACCUUCUCCACUCACAUAACGAUGCACUGGUCAUCACUCUACAAAUAGCCAAUGCAAAUGUGCACUGGAUCUUGGUAGAUGGGGGCAGCUGGGCAGAUAUCAUCUCCUUGGCACCAACAAAGCCAUGGAUCUAG